GUAUACAGAUAGAGAAGUGAAAUUAUAUUUCAAUAUUUAUUAAAUUGCUCGGAGUUGGUUUAAAUUACAUUUGAAAUAGAUUAACAAUCGAAAGGUAAAAAGUUUACAAUGAAUUGGAAUUCCUCCAGAAGUUUAAUUUUAAAGCUCUUUAAAAUGUUCAAAGUAUAUACAUGAGAGGGACGCACGAAAAACAAGUCAAGUUUGCACAACAACUGCAGUCUCUACUCGGCACAUAGAGAAUGUUCUCAAGAAGAUGUGCAGGUGUUGAAAUGGUAACUUGAAAAUCGGACUUGAGAUAUGAGAUAGCACUAUGAACAUCCGGAAAAUGAUUAAGGUUGAUUGGCCCCGGGUUUAAAUUUGUCAGAGCACGAUGUCCCAGAAUGAAUCAAGAAACCCAUCAGCUUCCUCCUCAAGAGACGAGAACUCCCGCCGAGUAAGUUCUACAGACUCCAAACCAAUUUCAAUCAAAACUGGAACCACUGACCCAAAGGACCCAAGAAAACCGCCAAACAGACCAACAUCUCAAAGUUCUGCGUCUCCGCCAACGCGCUCAUCAUCACAAAAUUCCUUGUCACCACCAAUACGAUCUCCUGUAAGACGACCAGAGAGACCCUUCAGCGAAAAGUCCCUCCUCUCCCGGAGUCUGUCUUACGAAAGGGUACCCAGAGGAAGCCUUUCUGUCAGACGUAUAAGUGACGAAAUUCCCCGAGGUUCCCCAGUUUCAUUCGCAUUCCCACAUUCAAGAGAUCGUUUACCUAGUUUCAGUACCUCGCGCUCGAGAAGCAACAGCGAUGCCACUAUUCCGGAAGAACCUUUACUCUUCGAAAUCACCGAGAUCAAGAAAUUAAAGUCGGCUGAGCGGGAUUUUAAUAGAAAAGGUGUCGUCUGGACAACCGAUGGUCGACUGGUUAUCAUCAACUUCGGAAAUGAACAACUGAAAGUGUUCGAUGAAAAUUUCCAGGAAACAAUAUGCAAGCAAAUUCCCGAAGGUUGUCGUGGGAUUUCGGUUGGUGCAGGUGUUAAUGACGUAGUGAUCACGUGUCAUAAGAGAGUUUAUAAUUACCAAAUUUACGAGAAGACGAUAAGUGAGGGAAAGUGUUUUGUGCUGAAUGGAAAUGGAUAUGGCGUUUCUUUCGCCAGAUACCAUUUUGGAGUUACUGUUAAUAUUGGAGGAGAAAGCAAAUGUGUAGCUAUAUUGAAUGACGAAGGAAAAGUUGUUCAGCAGCUUGAAAAGAUUCAAAGACCAAAUGAAACUCAUUUCAAGGCGUUUCACCUGUAUAUAACAAUGGAUCCGAACAGAAAUGUUAUGUAUCUCUCCGAUGUUAAUAGAGAUAAACUGCUCUGUGUGUCAUACUCAGAAAAACUCUACUGGGAGAAAGAACUUCCGGGAAAACCCAGGGGAAUAUGUGUGGUGGGGCUCCAUGUUAUAGUGGCCACUACAGGGGGAAAACUGUGUGUUUUUACUAAAGACGGAUCUCUUAUGAAAGUGUGGCCGAAUCUGGGUUACGACCCAGAGAGCAUCGCCUACGACGAGGAUACUCAUCGCCUUGCUGUCUCUCAGUAUUACAAAGGCUGGGUCCAUAUCUACCAAUUAAAGUGAUGUCUAGUCAUAAAAACAUGGACCUUCAGUGAACAUAGUCCGUACAAUGCAAUAACUGAAUUGAUUAAGAUGCUUAAUGCCAUGUUUGUUAUUCCUUACUAAAAGGUUGAUUGAUCAAGGAUUUGUUCUCAUGCAACCAAGUUGCAUUACUCAGUAUCUUAAAAUGCUCAGAUGUGCUUAAACUUAAUGUUAGAUUAAGUCUCUUGUCCAUUUUCGAUGUGUCGUUAACAAUUCAUAAUGCGUCUUAUAAAAUGUUGUCAUUUUCUUUCACAUUCAAAGAAAUAUUUAUCAACCAGUAUUAUUGGUGUAUCAUUGGAACAUGCAGUAAACAUGUACGAAAGCAACUGACCUUGUGUGUGUUUGUAAGUAAAAGUUGAUUAAUGAUUCAAAUGUGCAAAUUGAGACAAUUGGUGUAUUAUGCUUUAAUAUUUGGUGACGCCUAAAUUUAUAAUCCAUGAAUGUGAGAGUACCUUGAUAACUAGUUUUGAAAGGGAAUAAAUUGAAUAUAUGUAUAACAUAUGUAGCGAUGUCAUAGUCAAAUGUAUGCAGGGGUGCUACAGUUAGUAAAAGUUUCUAUACUUGUGAUUAUGUAAAGAUGGCACAUAUGUUGUGGAAUGUUUACCGUAUGUACGCAAUACAUUCACACGGAAUUAAUCAUUGGUAUUAUUUUGGUGCACUAUAUAUUUGUAAAGAUUCACAAUAAACACUAAAUCUUUGA